AUGGACCUCCUUGACGAGCUCGAAGCCAUGACCCAAGCUGCAUUGCUAUCUGAGUACGAUGAUGACAUCCCUGAAUCGGCUAUCGCUCGUUGGCAAAAGCUUUUUGGUUACUCAGCUGCAAUGGCGGAGAGAAAGAUCACGGAGCACCGAAACGACCACUUGCGUUUCACUGUUUCUGAAAAUCACUGGACUGUCGUGCCAGAUCGUAUGGAGGCUGAGCGACACGACCAUGAAUCUUAUGAACACUCAUGCAUUCGUACCCCGCGAGAUGCGAUCAACCAACGCCAGGAGAUGACUAUGAAGGAGAAGCGAAGGCCUCGGGCCUCGACCGUCUUGGUGAAGCUUGAAGGGCCCUUGCAUACCUCGACUCAAGUUCUUGCAGCUACCGACCUAUCUAGGCAUCCUAGUUCCUUCUUCAAGGUCAAUGGGAUAGACAAGCUAGCCAUUGAAGGAUGGCUAAGGGAGAACCCUUAUCCUGUUUCCACACCCACAUUCAUUCGGGAUCUACAUGCACCAAAAGAUCUCUCGUCAACUUCUUUUCACCCAACCCUGGGUCUUGAUACAACACUGCCUCAGUAUCGACUUCGAUCAGACGAGAUACCUCGACCUGCACAGAAGGAAUACCCAGCCUGGUAUUUCUUUUACAGGACCCUUGCCGACCCAUCCGUUCUGGCGAAGCUCCUUGGUUCUGACUUCCAGGCUGAAUACUAUGCAGCCAAGAUUCGAGGCGGAGCUUUGAAGACUUGGGGAAGAUACAAUGUGUUAGUGGACGAUCCAAGUCGCACCAACCUGGUCCAUGGAAAGGCACUUCUGGUUCAGACUCGAGAAGAAGAAGAACGUCUGCGGGCAUAUGAAACACAUGUCUAUGAAGUCGUCCGAUGUAGUAUCGAGAUGGGCUCGGAGGAACCUGCAAAUGGUCUGACGUUUCGGUUUAUUACAGAUAUGAUGGAUUAG